UAGUCAAAAUUUGCCAAUUACGCGCUGGACUCCGGAGGUGGAAGAGAUAUUUUCGGGGGGGCUACAGCCCCCUUAAAAUAGGCUUAAGGACGCCAGUGGAGUGGACGUGGAUCUGAGUGUAGUAAAAGAGAGAAGCUGUGAACUGAGGAGAACUAGAGCCAAUCAGUAGUCAUCAAUAGUCCGGUCGAUAACUAUGUAAAUAUGACGAGUGGGGUGGCAACAAAUUAUUGACUCCGUCUCUCCCUUGAUGCACUCUUUGCUUUUGUUUACUCUCUCUCUCCCUCCCUCUCUCUCUCUCUCCCUCUCUCCCUCCCUCCCUCUCUCUCCGUCUCUCUCUCUGUGCGUGUCCCCACCGCCACCACCUGGAAAUCCGUCCCUCUCCCUUUAAGUGGGAGGUGAGCUCCAGGGCGCUGCGGACGGUGAGUGUUUGGACCCAGACCAGUAGAUAAAAAGUCACCGGGAGUGAGUGACCGAGUGCGCUCUCUGUCUCCAAAACACUUGCGCACGGCGGCAGCAGCAUUAACAGCAGCAUUAACAGCGGCAGUAACAGCGGCAGUAGUCUUCCUCCCCGCCGCGCCGUCAUCUUUAACCACAGCCACCACAAACAAGAUCAACAACAGCGACCACCGGCUCCUCCGACUCCGAAAGACCGGAGCAGAAGUCCGCGCACGUACGGAGCAGCCUCUGCGCCUCAAACCGCCGUGUUUUGCAUGCGGUGAGCAAUUAAAGCGGGAGAGGAAGAAGAGGAGGAGGACGGAAGUUUUUUCUUUUUUCUUUUUCUGCUUCUUCUCUCUGGCGGAAAGCGCAGCGCGCACCGGGACCGAAUGGUUGAGCCCAGCCCUCCAGCGCUGCACCUCCUCUCCAGCGGGGACGUGAGCAUGGCGGGCGUAGGUGUCAAGGUGGAACAGGAGGAGUUCGGCGGAGGCGGCGGCGGAGUCAGUGGCGGCUCCGAGCCUCGCAAGACGUCUCCCUCACGCGACUGGUCCGGAAAUCAGCUGCUCGAGGCCCGUCAGCUGACCCCACCGCUGUCUCGCUCCCCUUCGGAGGGUUCUCCGGGUAAGGAGCUCCCUCACAGACAGAGCCCCAUGGGACUGAAGGAGGCGAGGAUGCAUGAACGUUCAGAAGGGCCGUCCAACCUGAAGGAAGUAAUGCCUACCAUUGAGAAGCUUCUGAAUGCUGACUGGAAGGAGAAACUUCUGGAUAAAAGCACAGCGGGGGCAGGACAACUGAAAGGUACCCCGGAGUCUCUGGCAGAGAAGGAGCUCCAGUUGCUGAUGAUGAUCAACCAGCUGAGCGGCCUGAGGGAGCAGCUCCUGGGAGCCCACUCUGAGCAGAGAAACAUGGCCGCCCUUCUGCUGGAGAAACAGCAGCAGCAGAUGGAGCUGGCUCGACAACAGCAGGAGCAGAUUGCCAAGCAGCAGCAGCAGCUGAUCCAGCAGCAGCACAAGAUCAACCUGCUCCAGCAGCAGAUCCAGCAGGUGAACAUGCCCUACGUGAUGAUUCCGGCUUUCCACCCCAACGCCCAGCAACUCUCGGUCGCCUCUGAUCCACAGAUGACCUUGCCGCUGCAGCCGAUUCCCUGCAAACCGACUGUGGACUAUCCCAUGCAGCUGCUCCAAAACACUCACUCCACCCCUGUCAAGAGGAGCAGUGGUUCCUUCCGACAGGAAGCCAGUCAGCCCUUGAACCUGACCUCCAAGCCUAAGGGGCUCGAGCUGGGAAAAACACCCAGUCCACAGGCCAUGGAGCUGGGGUCGCUAGGCCUGCAAGGGACCUACAGACCCAGAGACCUCCAGAGAGAGGUGUCCCACAGCCCGCCACGAUCCGCCCUAAGUUUCCUAGGAGACGGCGACGUGGUCACCCAGGCCAUCCACGACGCCCAGCAGCUCCUGAGGAGUCACAGCGGUGGAGGCCGGGAGAAGGAGAGGGACAGAGACAGAGAUGGCGGCGGAGGAAAGAUGGAGUAUAAAGCUUCUCCCCGCAGCGAGAGGAUCUCUCACUGUGAAGACAGACACGGCCUGCCGUCCACUGAGGAUCACCUCAGCAGUGACUCUGAGAGUGCCCUGCCCGUCUCGGCCCCGGGCGGCUACGCCGAGGCCCGGCCUCCGGCCUCCUCGGGCCACAUCAAGAGACCCAUGAACGCCUUCAUGGUCUGGGCCAAGGAUGAGCGCAGGAGGAUCCUGCAGGCCUUCCCCGACAUGCACAACUCCUCCAUCAGCAAGAUCCUGGGCUCCAGGUGGAAGGGCAUGUCCAACCAGGAGAAGCAGCCGUACUACGAGGAGCAGGCGAGGCUGAGCCGGCAGCACCUGGAGCGCUACCCCGACUACAAAUACAAGCCGCGGCCCAAGCGCACCUGCAUCGUGGAGGGACGGAGGCUGAGGGUGGGCGAGUACAAGGCCAUGAUGAAGAGCCGCCGGCAGGAGCAGAGGGCCACCUACACGCACAGUCAAACGGACCCCCAGCAGAUGCAUUUCUCCCACGCUGACGGCCAGUACCCGGGCGGGGGCGGCUCGGUCUCGGUCGCGGCCAUGCCCUUCCACCCCGCGCUGCUGGAGCACUACCUACCGCAGGUCCCGCAGGCCCCGCGCAGAACCGAGGGCCAAGCGCCGGCCACCUCCCUGCCCCGGGACCGAGAGAGGGAGCGGGAGAAGGAGCGCGAGAGGGAGCGACCCCCCUACAGCGAAGGAGAGGAGAGCGACGGCGGGGAGAGGAGCGAGGGGGAACUGGUGCUCCUGACAGACUGAGGGGAAGGUGGGAAUUUGUAAAGGAGAAACUUAACAAAAGAUAAGGAAUUGGGGGAGAGGUGAGUUUGGCGGAGGUGAAAAUGGGCCUCUGUUUAAUGGCAGUCAGAGUGGAAGGAGGAUAAACAUAGGACGGAUUGAAUGAAUCAAAAAAAAAACAAAAAAAAAAAGGAAAUGUCAUCC